GAAGUCCAAGCCACUCACGUUAAACGCGCUCACAUUCAACUUCUAGGGCAUAAGUGCUUCUAGGUAGAUUUUUAUUUGUCUCUCUCUUUGUGUGUUUGUGAGCACUUGUUUCUUUCUUUCUCUCACCCUCUCAUUCAUGAGUGUCUUUCCAAAAGAAACAAUCAAGAAUAUAGGCGAAUCGCUAGGUGUGACACAUCUUAAAGAUGAAGUAGCAUCAGCAUUAGCUCAAGACGUCGAAUAUCGUGUGCAUGAACUCAUUCAAGAGGCUACAAAGUUUAUGCGACACUCAAAACGAUCCAAAUUAACCGUUGACGAUGUAAAUGCUGCCUUGCGUGUAAAGAAUGUCGAGCCUUUGUAUGGUUACGCAUGUGGAGAAACACCUACAUUCAGAAAGACAACCGUGAAUGGUCAAGAAUUGUACUUUGCAGAGGAUGAGGAAGUUGAUUUCGAGACGAUCUUAGCCAAGCCAUUACCAAAAAUCCCUCUUGAUGCAACUUUUACAGCUCAUUGGUUGGCUAUUGAAGGUGUUCAACCUGCAAUUCCUCAGAAUCCCACCCCAAGUGAUGCAAAGGCAGAUCUAUUGACAAAACGAGCAAAACCUAAUGCAGCAAUUAAUGGCAUUACUACUGAUCAAGUAGAUGUAAAGCCAUUGGUUAAGCAUGUCCUAUCCAAAGAACUUCAAAUGUACUUUGAACGCAUUACUGAAGCAGUGUCAAGCCCUGAUGAACGACUCAAAUCUCAAGCAUUCGAAAGUUUGCGAAUGGAUCCUGGACUACAUCAGUUGCUGCCAUACUUUGUUCAACACAUUCACAAAAAAGUCACACAAAAUCACAAACAGCUUGAUGUGUUGGAGGCUAUGCUUUCAAUGGCACAAGCCUUGCUGAACAACAAACAUCUCUUUGUAGAGCCAUAUCUUCAUCAACUUAUCCCUCCUAUCCUGUCUUGCCUGGUGGGCCGAACCAUCUGCGAAAGUCCAUUUGAAGACCAUUGGUCUACCCGUCACCGUGCAGCCGGUCUAAUGACACUCAUUUGCAACCAGUUUGGCAAAGCAUACCACACACUCCAACCACGUAUCACUAAGACACUUCUCCGAGCUCUAUUGGAUCCUGCACGUCCACUUACUACCCACUAUGGUGCAAUUGUUGGUUUGGACCAGCUUGGACCAGAAGUGACAAGAGUAUUGGUAGCACCUAAUAUUAAGUUUUAUGCCGAGACUUGUCUCAAGUCAGCUCUUGUGAGCAGCAGUCCCAUACGUAAGCUCGAAGCUCAGAAAUGCAAGGAGGCUUUAGUGAAUGUCUUAAUCCACAUUGCUAAACAAGCAUCCCUCGUUCCAAAAGAAUCGGAUAUGCAAGUGGACACAGCACCACUUUCAGAAGAAGACAAGGCAGAGUUGGUGGAUGCUGUUGGAGAAGAUGUCGGAAAAGCGUUUUUGGAAUCGGACCCAACGCGACAGGGAGUACAAAGUGUGGUUGAAGCAGCUACCCACAUGAAUGAAUGAUUGAAUGAAUGGAGACCAAUCAAUACAGUUGAGAAAAUAGUUAAACAGCCCAAUAAUCAAUCACAGAUAUAAAAUGUAU